GAUGUAUGCUCCUUGUUCCCUCUUAUUCAAGCCCGCAAGUCCGCAUUCCUUGCGUGGCACCGCUCUACUGACUAGCUAUCCUUCUUCACCAUUGCACGGAGGAAAGACUAUUGACAACAGCCAUUCAGAACAUGGAUCAAGUCCACACACAUGCACGUCGUCAGCCGACAUACAUACCCGCAGAUCCUGGACGUUUUGAAGGCGGCAAUGCAACAAGCUUUGCAGAUGAUAGAAGACGACGUCCGGAGCCGUCGUCGCCAUACGAACCUUCUGCAGGCCAUCAACGAAAGCAUGCGCAACCACAGCAGGGAACAGCAUUUGCAAACUAUCAGGCCAUGUCGCGUACUCUCCCUCGUCUCGACGAGCUAUUCGCCUCAGAACAACUCAUUGCACCUGGCAAGACAGCACCGAGUCGAGCCAGUGAGAAACAAACCGAGACCUCAAAAUCACCUGGGAGCUCGAUAAGAGUCGAUGGAUACCCCGGAGUCUCCUCGUCGCUUGAUCAGUAUGCUCUGUCCCGCAAGAGCUGUCACCAGGGCUCAGAUGCUUCCACACGAAACUCCUAUCGCUACGACGACCGUUACCACAAGGACCGUAGACCGACGAAUCCUCCUUCGACUGGUGCAUAUGACCCUGUAAGACAAUUGAACGGACACGCAGCAUAUCAGCCACAAGCUGUCGAAAAGGACUCCGUUCGAGGGACAGAUCGAGCUAUCCGCGUAAACGAGCUACUCAAUCACUGCGAACCCGCUCGUCGCAACACUCCCUCUCACAUCGACAUUAGCCCUUUCCCAGUCAGCGAGGACCUUCCUCCCUCCGAUCGCCAUGACAGUCCUAUCGAGGACAAGUCCUUCGCAUGCAACCCCACUCCCGCGUCAGCCUUCACUCCCGCAACAUAUGUCUACCAAGCGGCAGCGUACGAGGGAAUCCAAGACGUCCCAGGCAUCGGCCCACACCACUUUUACAAGGGAGGGUUAUGUAUACCGACACACGUUUACGGUGAAGCCGUCAACCCCCUGUGGGGUCUGACGAGAGGCAAAGUCCCACGAAAGCGUUUGUCGGUGGCUUGCCAGACGUGCAGGGCUAAGAAGAUUCGUUGUGAGCCGUCGUUUGGUGGAUGUCUGCAGUGUAAAAAGGCGGAGAAGCCUUGUCGCGUGUAAAUCUUUUCUCCCUUGCGCUUGGU